AUGGCAAGUCAUCUCAUCCGGCCUGUAAGGCAAUUGCUCGCCUUUCCAACAAGACACCUACGGGCACCGGCCCAACGGCGAUGGGCCCAGGUUCACGAUGUGCGAUUCCUUGCGACCGCCGAGCCCCCGAGGGCCGUCAUCGAGAGGUAUCGGGAGAAGCUCGACCAAAAGGCAAGGGAGCAGGGCUAUGGCGAUUUGGAGGAGCUAAAAACGGCAUACUCUGAAAAGAUUGCCACCGUUCGCCAAAAGAUGCCCCAUCUGGCGCCUCCGCCACGCCCACGACCCGCUGACCCUUUGCGCCGCGAUUCCCGCCGCCACCUACGCGGCCAUGGAGGCUGCCGCGCGCUCGGCCCCCAGUUCGUGCUGCCCGUCCCUCAUCCGGAGCAGGGAGCCGAAAUCCACUUCCUCCAAUGGACCUUUGACGCCGCGUCCAACACGAGCACCGUUCUGUUUACCCAGCUCGCCGAGUACAAGGCCCGCGGCGAGUUCGCGCAGCCGCAUACGACCAUUACUCACCACAAGGACCUCCUAGACGAGAGGGGCCUCGUCCUCAUGCAGGGGCAGGUCGUUGAGAACAGGGGAGCCAAGGUGGAGGAUGCUAGGUUCCUCGUCCUGUGUCUGCAAAAGUUUUACGGUGCCUGGGAGGAAUCCGGCCAACCUCGCGCAGAACGAAAGCAACUAUUAGACUGGUUCGCCAACGGGGACCCAAACUUUACGAUCGAUAAACUGCUUGAAGAGACUGAGAGGAUGGUUUAG